AUUAAAACUGAACCAUGUGCAGACUUUUUCACAGAGGGCAGAGCAGUGAGAUGGCUUUAAUCAGCUUCCUCAUCCUGACCUCCUUGUGUAUUGCGGGCCGAGAGGCCCUCAGCCUAUCUGACUGCGGAGCAUUUGCCAGACGACCAGAAUACACUGAUAUCGCUGUGGUGUGUGGUACAUCUGCCAUCGACCUGGCGAUUCAAAUCUGCCCGGCCGUCUACACCGGUUACAAUGCGAGCUUACUGAUCCUCAACCAUAUCCGGGACAAUGUUGACUGUCAGGGGACCCUGGACACCUCAGUGGUACCUCCUGUGGUGAGAUUCAGCUUCCCCAUCACGGAGGGAAACGCCUGUGGGAGCACCUUCUUGACCACGAGCGCGCCGGGGACGGGAAUAUUCUCCGACUUCUCCAACAUCCAGACGGUCAACGUCAGCGGGGUGAUCCGAUCCUUCGACCCCACCAUUGGGAUGAUCACCUACAAUGCCGAACUCAAGUAUUACUACUCUUGUGCUUACCCACUGGAGUAUCUCAUCAACAACACCCAGGUGGAUGUGUCGUCCUCCUCCAUUGCUUUGAAGGACAACAAUGGGAGCUUCAUCAGUACCCUCAGCAUGAAACUGUACCAGGAUGUAAAUUACACCACACCCCUGGUCUUUCCACAACUGGGCAUCGAACUGAGAAAAAAUAUCUUCGUGGAGGUGUCUGCAUCCAACCUGACCUCACAGUACUUUGUUCUUCUGGACCGGUGCUAUGCCUCAGUGGGUCCACAGCCUACCAACUCCACCUUCUUUAAUCUGUUUGUCUCGUGCUCCAUAGAUCGGCUCACCACCAUGCUGGAGAACGGGGAUAGCCAAAAGGCCCGCUUCUACUUCCCAGCGUUCCGCUUCAUCGAGCAGCAGAAUGAGACCAUCUCCACCUACUAUCUGCACUGCAUCACCCGGCUCUGCGAGCGCAGCACCUGCAGCACCUUCAAGCAGUGCAACAGGAAGAAGAGGAGUGUGGAGUCCACAGUUGUCCAGGAGAGCAUCACUGAGCCGUCUGUGCUCACAGUGGCUAUAAAGGCCAAGACAGAGAAUGCCAUUCAAUCCAAAGAAGAGGCGCUGUCUGGUGGCCAGUCUGACAGCCAUGGCGCGUCUGUUGGCCUGGGAAUUGCCGUGGCAGUCCUUGUUGUGAUAGGGGUGGCAGCCAUUUUGAUGGCGGCAUCGUUUUAUCGAAAAUUGAAGCGGCUAAGCUAG